ACCACCUGCCAGAAAAGAGAGAUGAGCUUCUGAGCCCUCAGUUCCCUAUGCACAGUCUGGCCUGGGAGGCUGGCAAUAAGAGCCUAGCCAGGAGGCUCCAGCAGGAGGCGCCCUCCCCCUCCAUCCCCCCACACCAAACUGGGAAGCCUGGGCCUGGGCUGGCCAUCCCAGGGUCACUGGACUAGGAUGGGGGAUGGGCCUGUGACAGGAGGUACCCUGGGUGUCCUCUUCCGGCCCCAUGGAGUCCUCUCCCAUCCCCCAGUCAUCAGGGAACUCUUCCACUCUGGGGAAGGCCCCUCAAACGCCAGGUCCCUCUACUGCCAGUGGGGUCCCAGAGGUGGGGCUGCGGGAUGUGGCCUCAGAGUCCGUGGCCCUCUUCUUCAUGCUCCUGCUGGACUUGAUCGCUGUGGCUGGCAACGCCGCUGUGAUGGCCGUUAUUGCCAAGACUCCGGCCCUCCGAAAAUUCGUCUUCGUCUUCCACCUGUGCCUGGUGGACCUGUUGGCCGCCCUGACCCUCAUGCCCCUGGCCAUGCUCUCCAGCUCUGCCCUCUUUGACCAUGACCUCUUUGGGGAGGUCGCCUGCCGCCUCUACUUGUUCCUGAGCAUAUGCUUCGUUAGCCUGGCCAUUCUCUCGGUGUCGGCCAUCAACGUGGAGCGCUACUACUACGUCGUCCACCCCAUGCGCUACGAGGUGCGCAUGACGCUGGGGCUGGUGGCCUCUGUGCUGGUGGGUGUGUGGGUGAAAGCCUUGGCCAUGGCUUCUGUGCCAGUGUUGGGAAGGGUCUCCCGGGAGGAGGGAGCUCCCAGCAUCCCCCCAGGCUGCUCACUCCAAUGGAGCCGCAGUGCCUACUGCCAGCUUUUCGUGGUGGUCUUUGCUGUCCUUUACUUCCUGUUGCCUCUGCUCCUCAUCCUUGUGGUUUACUGUAGCAUGUUCCGAGUAGCCCGAGUGGCUGCCAUGCAGCACGGACCGCUGCCCACGUGGAUGGAGACGCCCCGGCAACGCUCCGAGUCUCUCAGCAGCCGCUCCACUAUGGUCACCAGCUCGGGGGCCCCCCAGACCACCCCGCACCGGACGUUCGGGGGAGGGAAGGCUGCGGUGGUCCUCCUGGCUGUGGGGGGGCAGUUCCUGCUCUGUUGGUUGCCCUACUUUUCUUUCCACCUCUACGUGGCCCUCAGUGCUCAGCCCAUUUCGACUGGGCAGGUGGAGAAUGUGGUGACCUGGAUCGGCUACUUCUGCUUCACUUCCAACCCCUUCUUUUAUGGAUGUCUCAACCGGCAGAUCCGGGGGGAGCUCAGCAAGCAGUUUGUCUGCUUCUUCAAGGCGGCUCCGGAGGAGGAGCUGAGGCUACCCAGCCGCGAGGGCUCCAUUGAGGAGAACUUUCUGCAGUUCCUUCAGGGUACUGGCUGUCCCACGGAGUCCUGGGUUUCCCGACCCGUACCCAGCCCCAAGCAGGAGCCACCUGCUGUUGACUUUCGAAUUCCAGGCCAGAUAGCUGAGGAGACCUCGGAGUUUUUGGAGCAGCAACUCACCAGCGACAUCAUCAUGUCGGACAGCUACCUCCGGCCGGCCCCCUCGCCUCGACUCGAAUCCUGAUGGGCUUCUGGACACUUGGAGGGAGAUGGGGCUGGGGCUGCUUAUGACUGAAGGAACAUCUUGCGGGAUCACCUUUUCCCGGCUAGCAG